AUGAUUGUCACCUAUGCCACGUUCUUUUGUGCGGAGACUAUAAGCUCUGUGGCAGAAUUUAUCAAACUCACAUAUGCUGGCAGGCCAUUCAAACCUGAGCAUGUCUACUUUGACAGCAACUGCAUCCUGCAGCAAUUCAUUGAUUGGGCGGGGGAUCUGUUCUUUCAUGAUAUCAACCUCUCUGUUGACGCCUUUCACUUUAGGACGAAGCACAAGGAAAGCGACAUGUUCUGCCAAGAGUACUGUAACCCAGCCUCGUUCCCCAAGCUCAAGGCACCGGAUGGCAAGUGGUACUUCAAUUCAUCUAUUGCUGAGCAAAUGAACAUUUGGCUUGCCAACUACAAUUUGAUGUGUUGGGAGAUGCGCGCUGAUAGACACAACUUCUUCUUAGAUGAGAUGAUCAUGCGCCAGAACAGGAAGAUUCUCACCAAACUAGCCAAGGGCGAUCAAGCACCUGGUGUUUGA